AUGCAAUCCACCCACCAACCCGACCAACCCGCCCACCCCCCAAAAGAGGCCGGCUACAACCAAACCUCCAACCCGGUGACACAGACGCCCUACGAGCAGCGCGCACCGCCCCAGCACCCCGAAACCCGACAGCGCGGGGACCCGACCUCCUCCAUCACGCGGCGCACCGCCGACUCCCGCCCGGCCAACGAUGAGCGCCUGCGCCAGCUGAACGCGGACCGCGAGCAGGAGCGCGAGGCCCUGCACCGGGCGGCGUCGGGGGUCGAUCUGGAGUACGGGGUUGAGCAGCAGCCGGCGGAGGGAGAGAUCGCCCACGCGGUGGAGAGCACCUCCGGCCGGGCGCGCGCGAGAGCGCAGGCCGGGGCCCAUGCCGGUGCGGUGGGCAGCGCCAGUGGGCCCGGGGGCCCAGGGUAUGAGAAGGGUUUGGCGGCGGAUAUGGACCGGAAGGCCGAGGAGCAUGAGCGGGUCCUGGGGGAGCGGGUGGGACAGUCGCCGGCGGAGCCGGACGAUGAUGGGGUGUUGGCGGAGAGGGAGGCCGUCAGAGAGCGGAAGUUGAAGUAG